AUGGGUUCCUGGAAGGGGGCCGAGCUCUCGGCGCUGACCCCGCUGCGAGCUCUGUGGCUCUCGCUGGCCGCUGUCUUCCUGCUCACCCUGCUGUUGCAGCUUGUGCCUCCCGGCCUGCUCCCGAGCUCCACACUCUUCCAGGACCUGAUCCGCUAUGGGAAAACCAAGCGUUCUGGGCCGUCUCGCCCGGCCGCCUGUCGGGCCUUUGAUGUCCCCAAGAGGUAUUUUUCUCACUUCUAUAUCCUCUCAGUGCUGUGGAAUGGCUUCCUACUUUGGCGCCUGACUCAGGCUGUGUUCCUGGGAGCACCUUUUCCAAGCUGGCUUCAUGGUUUGCUCAGAAUUCUUGGGGCUGCACAGUUCCAAGGGGGUGAACUGGCGCUGUCUGCCUUCUUAGUGUUAGUGUUUCUGUGGCUACACAGCUUGCGAAGACUCUUCGAGUGCUUCUAUGUGAGUGUCUUCUCCAAUGCUGUGAUUCACGUCGUGCAGUACUGUUUCGGACUUGCCUACUACGUCCUAGUUGGCCUAACUGUGCUGAGCCAAGUGCCAAUGGAUGGCAGGGAUGUCUAUGUGAUAGGGAGAAAUCUCUUGAUGCAAGCUCGUUGGUUCCACAUCCUCGGAAUGAUGAUGUUCAUCUGGUCAUCUGCCCAUCAGUAUCAGUGCCACGUCAUUCUCGGCAAUCUCAGGAAAAAUAAAGCAGGAGUGGUCAUUCACUGUAACCACCGAAUACCUUUUGGAGACUGGUUUGAAUACGUUUCUUCCCCUAACUACUUAGCAGAGCUGAUGAUCUACAUUUCCAUGGCUGUCACCUUUGGAUUCUACAACUUAACUUGGUGGCUCGUGGUGACAUAUGUCUUCUUUAGCCAGGCCCUGUCUGCUUACUUCAGCCACAAAUUCUACAAAAGCAAAUUUGUCUCCUACCCAAAGCAUAGGAGAGCUUUCCUACCAUUUCUGUUUUGAAAUAACCUCAGUCAUAAAGAAUGCAAAUCAGGUGACAGGUGUGAUUCCUAAGGACAACCAAAACUACAGACCAAAGUACAGUUUCUGCAGAAAUGUUUGAAACUCUGUUCCAUUUUUAUACCCCAAAGUCUUUACUGAAUGGGCAAAGUAUUACCCAUCAAGAAAAUUAAUCUUCAAAGAAGAAAUACUCUAUCAGACCUAGGAGUGAUGUGUCUGCUGUCUGAGGUACUUUAUAAAACCAACCAACUGCUAAAGAGUGCAUGAGACUUCUCCAAGCCACUUCAAAAGCAAACUAACCAAGCAUACAUGAACAGCUUUGAACAUACACACAUAUACACAAAGGAAGAGAGGAGAUCACUUGUGCCCUUGAUGUUAGGGACAAAUUAACUAGACUACAUAAUAUGCAGUAUACAGAGGCUCAGUAACUGUUGCAUCUCAGUAAAAGCAGAAUAGCCUUUGAAAAUAAUAUAUUUCAUACCAGAUUCAGGGAAAAAUUAGUUUGUUGCAGUUAGUUUAUACUUUUCACACAUUACCACAAAGACUUCCAGUUGUGUAACCAUCAAUAGUAAUUUCCACACCUCCCACUGAAAUUAUAGCCUAACAAAGUUGAAACCUCUUUUAUUUAUACUUCUUUGCCAUUUUUUUCAGGGGAGUACCUUAAAAAGUGAAAACAUCUAAAAGUAAAGUAUUUUUAUAUUUAUGCUUAAAAAGCCUCCAUGAAUGGAAUUGACUUGCACUCCAGCUGGAGAGUACUAUAGACUCAUAUUGAAUUAUUGUCUGCCUUAGUUCAUUUAAAUUAAUUGAAUCUGAAGGUAUUUAGGAAUAAAGUUGACACUUAAAAUAGCAUAUGUUAAAGAAAAUACCCAUUAUUAAAUCAAAGAGAAAUAAAUGCAUGGUGUGAAAGAAAAAAUCUGGAAAUAUAUACUAUAGCCUGAGCAACACAGGAAAAAAUUGCACAUGUGUGCAAAGUAAGGUUUACUCGUUAAUUGUGGUGUUAACUUUAUUGCUUUUAUAUAGAUGUCCUCUAAGGUACAUCUAUAUAAGUUUUGCACUAAUAUGUACCUUGCUAUGGGAAGAAAAACAUCAUUAUUAACCAGACCUUUAUCAAAUGCACAGUCUAAGAAUGUCCUCCCCAUCCCCAUCCCUGGAGUAGUGAACAGAAGCUAUUAAAUUGAGAUUCUUUUUAAACUUUCAAUAUAUGCAUAUCAAAGCACAUUCUAAA